AUGUAUUCGUUAUUUACUAUAUCAACUUUAUUCUCUGUCAAAAUGUCGAUCAAGGUAGACGUAUUAGUUAUUGUUGUGUUCACUUUUACGUAUGUACAGUGUACAGAUUUCUCCGAAAAAGAUGCUAUUGCAUACCUAAAUCAAUAUGAAAAUGUUGUUUUUAAUACUAGUGAUAUCUUCACCUUCCUGAUUAAUUUUCAAGAAAAAUAUAAUUUACCUGUAGAUGGACUUUUAAAUAAUUCAACAAUCAAAUUUAUGCGCCGACCACGUUGUCAGCAUGGCGAUACAGAAUUUACGGUGGGUUCUCCAUGGCAAAAACACCAUCUACGAUGGUAUUUUCCUCAAGCAACACCUGCAGCUCGGACCGAUGCACAAACGGCUUUCCAAAUGUGGCAAAAUACUUCAACAUUAACGUUUGAAAUGGUUACUAUCCCUAGUAUAACACCUCCUGAUAUUACUAUAACUAUGGUUCGCAAAACUCAUUAUUUUAGAACAAAUUGUAUGGGUAAUGAGGUAUGCACGUUGCCCCUUGACGGACCUCAUGGCGUCUUAGGACAUUCAUUUUUCCCGCAAAGGGGUAUUUGUAGAGAAAUCCAUUUAGAUAUAGAGGAACAUUGGUAUUUUGGAGAGAGAAAUAAUAUUCCUGACGGCUCCAUCAGUUUUCUUAUGGUAUUAGUUCAUGAAAUUGGACAUGCCCUAGGAAUUGGACAUAGUGAUAAUCAAAACGCUGUUAUGUAUGGGGCAUAUCAAGAUGUGAUCCACAGUCUGCAUACUGAUGAUAUAAUGGCAAUUCAAUAUCUCUAUGGACUUAAGAAAAAGUAUGUUCCAAUAUCGACGUCUACGUCGAUUCGUCCGAUAACUUCUAGGAACUCUACUAAAGCACCGGCUACGACGAUUCAUCCGAUAACUUCUAAGAACUCUACUAUAGCACCGUUUACGAGGAAAAUUCAAACUACAAGAAAACCAUUUUCGACUAAGCAUUCAAUAACAAUGAAAAAUGUGUGUGAUAUUGUCCCAGAUUUUAUGUUUUUAGCAAUUGCAUCAGACUUUUCUAAUUACCGCUUAUACAUUGCCUAUGAUUCAUUUAUAUGGAAACUCGAUUUGAACGAAAUGAUUAUCCCAUCUCAGCCGGAACUUCUUGUUGAUUAUAUUCCCGAAGAUCUACGUCAAUAUACCUUACAUCACAUUUUUCAAACUACAAUCGGCGACUUGGUUACUAUUGUGCCCCCAAAUAAAUAUUUCUCAGUAUCAUUUCCUGCUGUUCAAGUAAUAGAUGAUUUUUCAAUUAAUAUGCCCAACAACACUCAUAUAAAUGCUAUUUUUCAAUCAAAUUCAGGUCGGUCCUAUUUCUUGUACAAUAAUAUGUCGUAUAUAGAGUUUUCUAAUGAUUUUACUAUCAUAUUAAAUAGAGGACGAAUAAGAGACGUAUUUCCUGGAAUACCUCAAGAUAUUUCUUCCGAAUUUCGAUGGAUCGAUGGGCAUAUUUACUUUUUCCGGCAGAGCCGUUACUGCAAAUUUAGUGAGUUUACAAGAAGAGUUGUUGCAGCAGGAGCAUUUCAUUGGAAUUUAUUUGGAGUACCUUGUCCAAACGAAAAUAUUUUGCAACAAUUAAAAACUCUGUUAUCUAAAAUUAUAUCUGUGUAUAAUUAA